AUGCAGAAAGGCGGUCGUGCUGUGCCCCCCUUCGCCUUCGCCGUGAGGGCAUGGUGGGGUUGGUGUCCAGUCGCAGAGCUGACGAGGGGUUCGGCCUACCUGCAACAGGCAAGGCGCACCACUUGGCCGCCGCCUUCAGACCGCUCCGCCCGCCCUGCCGCCGCCGCCGCCGCCGCUGCAUCUGCAUCUACACUAUCAGCCUCUGCCCUUCUGCCCUGCCAUCCUUCCAUCCUUCCAUCCCGCCCCAAGGCCCCGUCGCACCGCCCGUCGCCCUGGUGGCCACCCCCUCCCAUCCACGUGUACCGACCCAGCUCAGCCCGUCCCGUGUCCGGACUGCCGGCGGCCCCGGUGUCGCCGGCAGCGAGAAGAGAUGGAGAGCAUCACUGGCAGAGAUAG